AUGCGUCCCCUCAAUGCAUCAUUAGCCCAAUGUAAAGCGAUAUUAAAACAAAAUUUUUCCUUAAAAAAUAUCUGCGCGCAAAGUUAUGAUCAGUGCGCUGAGUUAUCUAAAAAAAUUGAGCAUCUUAGUGAAAAAAUUAACAAUAAAAUUAGUUCGCUUGGUCGAUCAAAUGCAAAUGCAAGUUUACGAAGAGUGAUUGAGUGUAUCGAAAAUAACGAUCUAGCACUUAUUGAGUAUAGUCCAGUUAAAGCUGAUAAAGGUUUAAAGAAGCGUAUAGCUAAAGUCGAUAUUAACUUGAGCGAAGAAAUGCCUGCUUUAUCGCCAUUAGGUAAACAACGGUCACAACCGAUUGUACCACUUCAACAAUCUUGCCCAUUAAAAAAAGCGUAUUUAUAUGUUGAUGAUAUUGAGUGCGAAGAUUGUUUUAAGCUCAUUCAAGGUAUUUUGCUACCUAUUAAAGGGAUUAAGAAUAUAUCCCUUGAAC